GAGCUUGCCAGAAACUCCAUCGCACAAAACAAAUCAAAACCUACAACAAGUCCAACACCACAUUACAUCUCCUCCUCGAGCUCAUACGCGACGCCAAACACCCAGUCAUGGGCAGGGAGAUCAAGUCUUCCGCCUCAAAGGGCACGCGUAAAAAGCACGCCGCCAAAAAGGCAGGCAAGGAGGCCGAACAGGGUGACCAGCAGCAAUCAUCGAAAGCAAAGGUGACAAAGGGCCCCGACGGCAAGAAGCUCUCAAAAGCCCAGCGCAAGGCCCUCCCAAAGGUCAAGCAGUACAUUCCUCCUCCCAAACCACCCGCGCCUCCCAUCCCAGACCCGCUUGACGCUCAAGGACUCUCGCGCACCCUCCCUGCCGAUCUUGUCGUCGUCCUCCGCCGCCUCGGCAAGAAGGACGAUGUGACCCGCCGCAAGGGUCUCGACGAGCUGCGCGAACAAUGGGUGGCGCGUCUAGGCAGGAAACCUGUCGACAAUGACGACGAGAUCGCACAAGAGCUCGCCGAGGCGGCUGUGCUCGCCGCGAUCCCAGUGUGGCUCCACAACCUUGCGUCCUUGCUCCAGAGCCCAUUCCACCGUGCGGCGGCCCUCGCGCUGCAGGAAGACAUGAUGGCAAUUCCUCCACUCCGUGGUGCUAUUCUCGAUGCCCUGUCGAUGGGUUAUCUCCCCGGAACGCAAGACCGCGACAUUAUCGGCUCCUGGCUCGUCGCUGCUCUCGAAGAGGGACGCCGAGCCGGCGGCCAGGCGUUGAAGACGUGGGAGAAGAUUGCGAGGUUCGGCCCCAAGGCGGCUGAGCAUGAAGGGACUGGAGACGAUGCGCAGUACACUGCCCACCUGGACCUCAUGCCACACCUUGCCGGGCUGGCAGAGUACUUCUCGCUCUCGAUCCUCGACCCCGAGACCCUCCACCGCGAUAUCCACCCCAAUCCGGUGCAGUCGGUGUACGCGCAGCCGACACCACAGAAGGGAGGCGCCAAGGGCAAGCAGCAGGCUAAAAGCCGCCCAUCACCAGCUCCCACGCCGACCCCGCCACCUGUCGAGGAGGACGAGUCGCUGGCAGAGGAGCGAUGGGCACGGUACCGCGUCGGCGGGCUGGUGGGCCUUGCAUGGCUCGUCCAACAGCUGCCUGGUGCUGGCCUUACCGCACCCACCGAAGAGUUUACGGCGCUGCUCCACAACCCAGUUCUCUGGUCGGCAAUCGGCCCAGUUUCUCACCUGGCCGAUCUUACCCCUAUUGGGACGGAGCCUCCCAUUCGCCGCUCGGCGUACAACUUGCUCAUCAGGCUCGUUGAAGCGUACCCUGCAGAAGUGGAGAAGCCCGAGCUCCUCCAGCUGUUGUCUACCACCAUCUUGGGCAACUGUUGGAGCGAGAAGGAGGCUGUUGUCUGGGAGGCUGCUGGUCAUGCCAUCGUCAAGUUCCUCACAAAAUACCCCCAAUCAUGGCUUCUCUCAUCAGCAAGUGUGGAGUCUGCCACCGAGGUCGAGGCCGACGACGAGGAUGAGGAUGAGGACGAGGACGAGGACGAUGAGACCGAGCCCCCGAGCCGGGAUGAUGCGGCAACACCAGCUCAGGAGUCGGCCGCCCCUAGUGGCUCAGCCACGCCCGCCGCCGGCUCAUCUCAGCCAUCAAAGGCAUUUGACGCCUUCCUGGAGUUCAUUUCUUCCAUUUCACCCACUGUCCCCCACCUUACCUACCCGCUCCUUGUGGUCGUCAUCUCCACACUGCCUACCACCAUACUCCCGCUCACCGCCGGCCCAAGUAUCGCAGUGCAGAACUUGUUCUCGCACUUGUGGUCGCCUGUGGAUGCGCGCCUGCUUUCCACGCACACGUUGGGUGCUCAGCCUUCGGCAUUCCAGGCCUUCCUCCAGUCCGCGAUCGACAUCACCACCUUCCUCCUCGAGAAGGCGAUCAACGGCGGCGAGCACGAGACGGCGCAGUGGCUUGUCAAGGACCAGCUCGGCUCGCGCGUAUGGGGCGAGGGCGUUGCUGUCAUGGGCGCCAAGGGUGGUCGUCGCGGCGCUCCUCCCGUUGAGACUGAGGCCAAGAUGACCGCGAAGGCUGUCAACCGUAUCGUGGCCCUCUCCGUCGGUGGGACUCUCACUGACCCACUCCUCGCCGAGAUCAAGAGGACGACUUUGGAGGCUUCCUUCCCGGCUGACGAGGAUGCCAAGCGCCCAGCUUUCCUUGGCCGUGCUACCUCGGCUCUGUCCGAGUUGAGGACCGCAAGUCCUCAGAUCGAAGGCGCCGUCGACGAUAUCAUCCUCCAGAUCGCAGACGGCUGCACAGAACGCCUGUUCAACCUCGUUGACGAGCGAUCUCCUGCGGCAGUCCCGCAGGCCGAGGGCCUCGUCGGUAUCCUUACCAAGAGGAAGGACCUCUUCCCGCCCGAGCGCGUCCAGGUCCUCUCGCAAGGACUCCAGGCUCACCUCCCCGAGCUGGUCGACACUCUGUCCCCUCAGCUCCUUGCGUCCUUGCUUGAUGCUGUGGCUGGUGCGUCUAGCUCCGCCGAGGCUAAUUCGCUUCGAACCGCCCUGUGGAACUACGUCGAGUCUGACGGGGUCGAGAGGCCAAAACGCUUUGCUCUCGCCGCAGGCAUUCUUGGUUCGGGCGCCGCUGGUCUGCUUUCGGAGAAGAGCCUCGACGCCAUCGCCAAGGAGGCAUCACGCUCUGUUCUUCAGGAGGACGACAGCGUCGCCUUGUCCAUUGCUACCGCUUCCGUGGUGAGCAAGGGCUGGCUUUCGGACAGUGCGCGCCAGGAUAUCCUCGCCUCGGCCUCCACGACUGUUCAGGAUGCGGUCGAUGGGCUCCUCUCGGAGGGUAUCUCCGCUGAGAUCCCUGUGCCAUCGCUGGCAAUCUUGGCCGCUUACGCCAAGGAGCACCUUGGCGAGCUGGUCAACUCUGAGCUUACACUCCACGGCGUUGUCGCUGUUCACCAUCUGGUGAUUCUUGUGCCGCGAUUGGGAUUGGGCACGAAUGUGCCUUCCUCUGCCACGGACAUCUGGAAGGCUGCCCCAGGCCUUGACGACAAGACCAAGCAGGUGCUCUCCGCCGCCAUCUCGACGUCACUGGCAGAGCUCCUCGGUCGUGUGUCUUGCAGGGUAGACCCCGGUACUCUUGUGGACGUAGCCCUCGCGACUGACCUCGGCGUCGACCCGACGCCGGCUGAUGUCACCAAGGCCAUGUUGCCAUCUUCGACCGAGUUGCUUGAGCAUCUUGCGCGUCACACCUCGCAGCCACCUCACCCGUCCUUGCCUGUGAUCGACCCUCUGGUACCCUGUGUCUCUGAGACAGAGGAGCAGGUUACCCGUUCAUCAGACUUCGACGCGUCUGGACGCUCCAGGGCAGCGCGGUACGCUGAGGCGGGCCUGGCCCUCCUGCGUGCGGAUCGCAGCCUGGUGCAAGCAUUCCCCUCGCUUCUGCACGUGGCUCUCGGCGCCAUGGUGCUUGCCGAAGACGGCAUUGCCAUUCCCGGCGCAUCCCGUGGCCUGUACACUGUCGACACCCCCGUUUCCCAGCUUGGACAGGUCAUUCGCGAUGCCGAGGGAGCGCUGUCGUUCUCCCUUGCCAUCGUUGACGAGGCGCCAUUGGCGUGGCACAAGGCGACAGUCGAGCAGCUCCGCCUUGGCACUGUAUCCGACAACGCUGACUACCUCCAGCGCCUGUUGUCCGAUAUCCGCCAGGACGUUGUGGCCAAGACGAGCGACGUUGCGCCCCGCAUCUUCCGCGAGGUGCUAACUCGUCACCUUAGGCAAUGCGAUGCCGGCGAGGCUGAGGGAGAGGUGUGGCUCAACUAUGCUCUGCAAAUGAGCGACCGACACCCCGACAUUGCUCUUGCAGUGAUUCUGGCCAUCAAGCCACUUAUGCUUGACUCGAAGGCCUUUGGCAUGGCUCAGAACCGGUUGGCAAACUUCCUCACUGGUAUUACUGUCAAGCAAGCGAACGAGAAGGGCCUCCCCGCUCUCCGCCUCCUCAUCGCCUCGGCACCACCGCUGGACUCGACGUCGAUCUUCCUUCCUCAGCAGCGUGCUGUCUUCGCCCUGCGUCAUGUUGGCGGCUGGCUCACUUCUGAGGACGAGGCAGCGGACGACCUUGCUGACGAGGUGGACGUUCGUGUCGCCGAGCUAUACACUGCUGUCGCGCCUAUUGUCCAGGACUUGGCCGGAGCGCACUGGGACGCCAUGUUCGACCUUGUGGAGGGAACACUCAGCUCAUCGUCCUUGGACGACCCUGUGUCCUACCCUUUGCUGUACGCUGGCCUGAACCUCCUCAAGGAGAUCCGGGACCUGUGCCAGACCAACAAGUCGCUGCGUGAACUGUGGACAGCAAAGGACGGGCACUUUGGCCUUGUGGUCAACCUCUUCUUGCAGUGCCGCGACGCCAACUCGAUCCCCGUGCAGCUCAUUCAUUCGCUCAUCCUCGACUUGUUGCGAGAUGCCAGCCCGGCUGUCAUGGCCCAGGCUGGUCUUCCCGAGCUCUGCGACCUCCUUCGUCUGUCCAGCUCGGCGACGAUCCAGGCCACGGCGUACCGUCUCCUUGGCCAGGUCAUCCGCAAGCAGACUGCUGCGCUUGUCCUCGAGGUCGAGGCCGAUGUCGCCAAGGAGGACGAGGAGCAGCCCCAGCGCGAGAUCAAGAUCCCUCAGCAGCUUAUCAGCAUUGUCGAGGCUGGCCGCGCUGUCGACUGGUUCGAAAUGGCCGACGUCGAGAUCGUCCUUGGACAGCUGCUGGCUUGGAUGGCCGUGCUCGACCACUUUGACGACGCUUCGCGGACUGUUCGAUGGGCCUAUCUCGACCAGAUGAACUCAAGCCGUCUGCUUGAGGAGAGCCUGCUGCCCCUGUUGUUCGCCAUGCUUGGUGUGUCCGAGGUCGGCGCUUGGAACUUCCCUGCGUCGCAGUAUGCUGUCGACGAGUUCUAUCCUGACUUGCUUGAGCCCGAAGAGCUCGCUGACCUCACUCCCCUCGCUUCCCACGUCUUCUACCGCACACUCGUCACGAUCCCGUCGGCGAUGCGCGCGUACUACGAGUCGCUCAAGGACCGCCAGCUGUCGCUCUCUCUUCUGGCGUUCACUGCCAAGAACUACUCGCCGGUCAUCAUCCAGAACGAGUUCGCUGCGCUGCGCGAGCCGCGCGCGCUCGCCGCUCUCACCGAGGAGGGUCUCAAUGUCCGCAUCGCGCAGGGUGGCGGUGCCUCUGUCGCCGGCUCUGGUGCUGCCGAGGCGAUCGCCUCUUACGUUGUCGACGAACAGCCGAUGGAGAUUGGCAUUCGCCUCCCUGCCGAGUUCCCGCUCAAGGCUGUCGAUGUGCGGGACCUGCGCCGCGUCGGUGUUCCGGAAAACAAGUGGCGCGGAUGGCUCAUGAGCGUCCAGCAGACCAUUACUUCGAGGAACGGCCUUAUCCUCGAAGCACUCACCGUGUUCAAGAAGAACGUCGUGCUGCACUUUGAAGGCGUUGUCGAGUGUGCCAUUUGCUACUCGAUCAUCUCGCUCACAGACCGGACGCUGCCGACCAAGCCGUGCCGAACGUGCAAGAACCGGUUCCACGCGAGCUGCUUGUUCAAGUGGUUCAACUCGAGCCACUCGAGCAGUUGCCCGAUGUGCCGAUCGCUGUUUUAGUGGACACUCCAACAACCCGUCUUGGAUAGAUUGUAUGCCUCGUAUCGCAUCUACCGCAUGAUCAUGAAAUCACUGCAUUGCCCAUACA